UAAUCUCUCAAGUAAUCAAACUGGAGCUGCAUGGUGGCUGGCGGUUUUCGUCCUCUCCAAAGUUAGCAAGCGUCUUUCUUCCCCCCCCCCCAAAAAAAACCAAACAAACCGCAUAGUUUCUGCUUCUUCUGAUGGUGCAUGGGCCAGCUUUCUCAUGCGGUUGAAGGUCUUGGCAACUCAUUCACCUUCAUAGUAAUGGCCAUACCGGCACGUUUGCAAGAUAUCAAUAUCUAAGAUACACUGGAUUCUCGUUGCAGACUGGAAUGAUCAGCAUUGUUUGGAAUUAACUGUGUUUCGGUGUGGACAUCACUACAUUCCUGUUUUGCCUCUAAUCCAAGAUGGGUAAUGGACUUUCAGAUCAAACUCCUAUUUUGUCAAAUUUUCCAUCUUUUCAGUCUCUCCACAUUGUUAUUCUGGGUUUAGACUGUGCUGGUAAAACUACAGUUUUGUACAGAUUACAGUUCAAUGAAUUUGUCAACACUGUUCCAACAAAAGGAUUUAAUACUGAAAAAAUCAGAGUGACUUUGGGUAACUCGAAAGCAGUGACUUUCCACUUCUGGGAUGUCGGUGGUCAAGAGAAACUGAGACCACUGUGGAAGUCUUAUACACGCUGCACAGAUGGUAUUAUUUUUGUGGUGGACUCGGUAGAUGUGGAAAGAAUGGAGGAAGCCAAAACUGAAUUGCACAAAAUAACCAGGAUCUCUGAGAACCAAGGAGUGCCGGUACUUUUGAUUGCCAACAAACAAGAUCUCAGGAAUUGCCUCUCGCUCUCUGAAGUGGAAAAACUGUUAGCUUUGAGUGAAAUAAGUUCUUCCACCCCCUGGCACCUUCAACCUACCUGUGCCAUAAUAGGAGAUGGACUUAGAGAGGGACUGGAAAAACUUUAUGAAAUGAUCAUUAAAAGGCGGAAAAUGUUGAAACAGCAAAAAAAGAAGAGAUGAAUGUACAGAGGUUGAAGAUGCUUUGUAUUUUUAAAAGCUGAAAUAUUGCUACACUGGUCAUUACACCUUUAGCCUUUUGACAACAUUUAUGUUGAAAAUGUGAGUCUAGUGAGAUCUAAGGCCAAGCUUAUUUGUGGGAUCACAGUGGAAGUGGAUAUGAUAAUUAAGAAUGGAGAGCAGUUAUACUGGCAUAAAACUGUCAGCAUCCUUUAUUAUUAGACCGAAAUAUAUUCAAAUCUGUAGUGUUUUGUCUUUUUUCAUUAAGUUUCUAAUGCCUGUUUGUGUGUGUCUGUGUGUGUGUGAUGUGUUCCACUUUUGAGGCCUGCAAGACAAGGUACCUGCACAGCAAGUUCUAAAAUAUUUUAGGCAAAAUUGGACACUAUAAAUAUUUGGAUGUAAACUGUUUCAAAUCAGGAAAUAUCUACCAAAAUUACAUGGAGAAGAAAAUGGCUGACACAGACUAUAGUUCGUUGCUGUUUCUUACCUUUUGGCCAGGUAGUGGUUAGAGACUAUUUAAAAUGAAAUGCUACUGGAAUUGAAGAAGGCACAAAAUGCUCCAACUAUAUUAUCUGUAGUGUUAGAGUUGUUGGCAAGCAUGUUUCUUUUAAUAAAACAGUUGAAAAUGUGUGGUGUCAGAACUAGAGAUCUCUGGGGAGAGAGGAGGGAAAACCUGGAACACUGUGUUUAACUGACCUUGAACUUUGUCUACUGAGAGCUUUUUUUUAAAUAGACAGGAAUGUAGCAAUCACGUUAGUUUGUUCUUGUUACUGAUAUUCACGUUAAAAGUUGCUGCAAAGCCUCAUUUCUAAGCAGUGUUAACAUUUGGGAGGUAGACUCUUUACCGUAUAUAAGCUGUGACUUGAGAUGUGGUAGAAAAUUAAAACCUUUAGGUUUGCAUAUGUUUCCAACUAUAAAAUGUUCCUGUUAAUGCUAUUUAGGCAAGCUUUGCCAUGAAUUGUAGCAUUUGGUGCCAUCUUUUUAUGAGUUUCUCUGUGUGGAGCUCGUGUUAUAUUUCAUUUUCUUUUAAAGGUUGUGAAAUCUUUGUAUAUAUUAAUGCUUGGAAGUAGCCACUCUUUGGCUAGUGGUCUCAAGAAGAAUUUGAGAACUGUUCAUUCUUGCUGCAAAUAAUAAUGUAUUUGUUUACUGCCUCAUAAAGGGAUGGUAUCAUUCUAAUGAAACGACAACUGGCUGGCAACCCAAACCUAGCUUUCCCAGUUAGGGUCAUUUAGAUGGGUGUGUACAGAUUACACCGAUCUGCAAAAAUUCAAAGUUAUUCCAAAUUCAUGCGCAACCUUUUUAGUUGAUUAUUCUCCUCAGCAUUCAAGAUCACAGCAGGUCAUUUCUCAACCUGUAAUUUAUUGUAGAAUUUGUCAUUCUGCAUGUGAACAUGCUAGAAGAAUUUAUAGAAUAUUUAAAUCUGUUAAGCCAUCUGUUUGUUUUUUAUCUUAUGACUACGUUCCUCAUAUUACAAGUAUGAAAUCACAAAUAUACUUGUAAAUUUUCUGAAAUUUCAGAGAAGUGAUACCAAUUUGAUCAUUGGAAUGCUGAUAGCAAUAUAUUUGUUUAAAAUUAGAUUAUUGUUAAUUUUUCAACAUUUAAAGUUCAGGCCUGUGUGUCCUGAGAUGAUGAUGAGCAAUUUUUUUUUAAAAAAAUGUUUAACCAAAGUUCACCACCUGAGGAAAAACAGCAUUGUAAAGAGAGGAUUGUUCUUUACACAAGAUGUGGAUUGGCUAUAUUUUCCUACACCACUUUUCUGCAAUUAAGUUACAACCUCACUGUCUAUAAAUUCUUGACAUAUUUGUAAAUGUCCAUUUGAUGUUUCCUAUGUUUUUUAUCCCUGACUUUCUUUAGGUUUGAAAGAAAUUGAAACCCUGCACUUUUGUGCAAACAACUGAGACAAACAUUUUCUUGUGUAUAAAGCACAGAAGCUUGUGUUCAUCUUUUCACAUUUGAAAUUAAUUGAAACCUAGAUGGUCUGAAUGUGGACGAUGCCCUGGCAUUUUAAAAAAAAUAAAGACCAUUUAUGACCUGCAAAUGACUGUGCAAUAUCUUGCGGGUUAUAGAAGCUUACUUACUUCCAGUGUUUUCUAUAAUUCAAAAAACUAGGUCAAUUCACUUUAAUUUAGUUUGUCAUUAUUAAACCUCAUCAUUGCAGAAAAGUAACAAAAGCAAGCCAAUUGGCCUGACAUUGCAGUUUUAAAGGAAAAAUGUAAUUGAUGCUAUUACAAACUAUUUUCUAUCUUCAGUGACCUUACAUCUGGACUUCCUUUGGAUUAAGUAAGGCUGUUGUCAAUAUUUUACUGUACUGAUUCUGACACUGUAAAUAUCUUCUGUUUUUGACUUGUACAGUGGCUACAGGAAAUGCACUUUAGUGUUCAUUAAAGAUCAACAGCUUUGUGCACCAUCUGUUUUAAUAACUUGUUUUAAGAAUUGAAUGAUCUCUAUUGGAUUUGUCUUUGGUUAAGUGUUUCCACCUGCACUAGUGGCAUUGCUGUCAUUGAUUGGAAAAAUUCUUUAUAUUUAUAUGAAUGUUGGAACUUAAUAAAUACAACUCUGAAUAAA